AUGUCCGUCUACGGGCUCGUGCGCUCGGGGAGUGCAACGUCUGUGCUGAAUCUCGUGCACUCUGAAAGCUUCAUGUUGACCAACAGCUUCGCACGGCUUGGCCCAGCUCUCUCAGCUUAUGGUAUGACCUGGCUUGGCUUCCCUCUGUUAACCCUAGACCUCCUACACCUCGGGUUCCCAAUGUCCCUUCAAACCUCUGGUCGUCCUGACUUCCCAACCUCUGUCUAUGGCCUGGUCUGCCUUGAGCUGCCAUCAUCCGCCCUGGACCAUGUGGCGCUGGAUUCGUCACCACCUGCGCGCUCGCACGUGCGCUUUGGCUCCAUCCCCUUGGCCUUUGACAGUUGCCGCUCUGACUCUUCGAUGUUGCUUCAAAGCCCUGCCUGCUCAGGGAGCCCCUUGUCCGUGUAUGGGUUGGCGCGUUUGGACUCAUUGGCGUCUGCCCUGGACCUUGCACAGACUGGAUCUACACUGCUUUUGAGAGGCUUUGCAAGACUUGGCCUUGUGCUUUUUCUAUAUGGCAUCACGAAGCCAGACCUUUCCCUGUUCGUGCUGGACCACGUCGUCUCAGGAUCCACCUUGCCUUUGCAAGCCUCUGCAAGGUUGGGUAGUUUGACUCCAGCGUAUGGCAACAUGCGACCAGGUUUAAGCUGCUCAGUUCUGGACUUUAUCCACCUGGGCAGUUUGCUGCUUUUGCGGAGCUUUGCUUGUUUGGACCUGUUUGCUCCCAUGUUUGGAAUCGUGAGACCUGGCCCUCCCAUGUUAGCUCUGGACCACAUCACGGCAGGCCCAGCCGCAUCGCUGCAAAGUUGCAGUUGCAUGGGCUCCUCGGUCCCAAUCUACGGCCUCACCUGCUUGGAAAGCUCGUCGUCCGCACUGGACUUCGUGCACAUGGGCUCCCCAGUGUUGCUGCACAGCUCUGCCCGACUAGGUUCAACUCUCUUCGCGUAUGGCGUGGCGCAGCUGGCUUUGCCUCUGCCUGCCCCAGAUCCUGUAACUACCGGCAGCUCCUCCCUACUCCAAGUGCCGGACCAUGUGACUUCUGGAAGUGUGAUGUCUCUGCGUGGCCUCGUAUACAUCGGGCUUAGUGUGUCUGUCUAUGGCAUCAGCCGCCCGGACUUGUCCACGCCGACCUUGGAUUUCGUGAUGACUGGCCCUAUGCUGCUACUUAGGAGCUUUGCAUACCUGGAGCCUACGAUUCUCCCCUACGGCAUGAGUUGCACUGGAUCUUCACCUUCCCUGCUCGAUUUCUGUGCUGCUGGUUCGGCAGUGUCCUUGCGCAGCCACGUGUGUACUGGAAGCGCGCUCUUUGCUUAUGGCCUGUCCUGCUUGGAUUCCCUGCUGCUGAUCUUGGAUUACGUUCACACAGAGCCACCCAUGCUGCUUCGAACUCCUGCGUGCUUUGGGUCUCCUCUAUUGGCCUAUGGCCUGUCGUGCCUGGGCAGCUUGUCACUGGUUUUGGACUUUGUCGGUCCUGGCAGCUCACCGUCUUCAAGAGGCUUCUGCAGACUCGAAAGCUCCUUGUUAGCAUACGGUUUUUCGCAGCUGGACUCGUUUCCUCCCGUGCUGGACCUUGCUCACUUGGACUCUUUUUUACUGGCUCGUGCUUUUCUCUGCACUGGGCCUCCGCUGCUUGUUUAUGGCUUCGUGCGCUUGGACUUCCUUCUGCCUGUGCUGGAUUGCGCGCACUUCGGCAGCAUGCCUUCACCCAGGGCACCCAUGCGAUCAGACCUCACAUUGUCUGCUUACGGCUGCUCUCUUUCGGGCUUGUCCUCAUCAGCCUUAGAUCUUGCCACCUUUGGCUCAACUUUGCUGCUCCGUUCAUAUGCCCAUCCCGGAAGCUCACCCUCUGCCUACGGCCUGACCUGCUCGGGACCCUUGCUGCUGCUUCCGGACUUUGCCCACUUGGACUUUCCAAUGCCGCCCCGCUUUCCGCCACUGAUGCCUGACCUCAUUCACCUGGGAUUGAGCAUGUUGCUACAAGGCUACCUGUGGCUUGAGCCGUUUAUGCCAGCCUAUGGCAUGAGCCGACUGGACCUGCCAAUGCUGAUUUUGGACUACUUGCAUCUGGGUUCCCCCACUUCGCUUCAAACUUCCUUGUGCCCUGGGUCCUUCAUGCCCGUCUACGGCCUAACCAGUUUGGGUCCACCAAUGUCAACCUCGGACCACAUCCAGGCGGACCCAUCAUCGCCGCCCCAAACCUUCUUGCGCUGUGGCUUCAUGCUGCUGGUGUUUGGCAUGACCUGCUUAGAUCCCUUGCUGCUGGCACUGGACCUCCUGCACAUUGGACUCUUCACGCCGCCUCGGAGCUCUUGCCGGCUAGGUUCGUUUUUGCCAGCCUACGGUGUUUCCCGUCUGGGGCUGCCUCUGCUUGUUUUGGACUUCCUGCACUCGGGCCCAUCUCUGCCUUUGCAUGGCCCUUGCCGCAUGGGCUCAUUGCUUUCCACCUUUGGCAUGACUCGAUUGGGCCCCAGCAUGCUGGCACCGGAUCUCGUCCAGCCAGGUCCACCGCUCUCCUUGCACAGUUGCUUGCGGCUUGGCCUACCGUUGCCAGCGUUUGGCAUGACUUGGUCAGGUCCAUCUUUGUUGGUCUUUGACUUCGUGCAUCUGGGAAGCUCCCCCUUUCUCACGUGCUUCGCGAGGCUGGGUGAUGUGCUUCCGGCCUACAGCAUGUGCCGGCUAGACUUUGCCAUGCCUUUGCUGGAUUUCGUGACCAUCGGCUCGGCAUCUUCGAUUUUCAAGAGCUUCCGCUCCGGUAGCAUGGCUCCGACCCUGGACUGCAUGAACCCAGGUCCUACGUUGCUUCUCCAAGGCCCCGCCUGCCCUGGCCCAUUGGUGUUGGCCUUUGGCCUGUCAUGGUUGGGUUCUUCUUUGCUUGUCCUGGACUAUGUCCUGAUGGGAAGCAGCCUGUUGCUCCGGAGCCCCGCGCACUUGGAGUUGUCUAUGUUGGCUUAUGGAAUGAGUAGACCUGGCCUGUCGUUCUCUGUGCUGGACCUUGUGCACAUGGGCCCACUGCUGUUGCCCAGGGCAUCCGCGUGCUUGGGCUUCCUACUGUCGGCCUAUGGCGUCAUGAAGCCAGAGCUGUCACUGCCUGCUUUGGACCUGCUGAAUUCCGAAUUUCCCAUGUUUUCGCGGUCCUUUCUCCACUUGGGCUCUUCAAUGCCGGCUUCCGGAGUGCUCCGCUUAGAGCCAUCCCUGUUGGUGCCUGACUCCUUGCAUCCAGAACCUCCCCUGCUCCUUCGAGGCCCGACGCGGCUUGAACCAAGCUUGUCGGUGUACGGUCUUAACCGACUUGGUUUGCCGCUGUCCGUGCUGGAUUCUGUGCACAUGGGCUCUUCACUGCCGCCAAGGAGUUCCACUCGUUCGGGUAGCGCGAUGCUACUUUAUGGCAUGUACCGAGUUGACUUCUUCCCUUUGGUGUUGGACCUCUGUACGUUUGGGAGCACUCUGUCGCCCAGGGGCUACACAUACUUGGACCUCACAACUUUGGUCUAUGGCAUGACGCGACUGGAAAGCCCGUUCUCCGUGCCGGACUCCGUGCAUUCAGGCUUGCCUCCGUCCUCGAGGUCCACCAUUCAUUUGGGUAGCUCCUUGUUGGCCUAUGGAGUCUCGCGUACGGGCUUCUUGCUGCUAGUCCCUGACUUUGUGCAUAUGGGCUCUUCCCUUUUCACACGAAGCCUCAGCCGUCUUGAGCCCUUCACUUCAGCAUAUGGUGUGACGAGGAUGGGGUCAUCCCCUUCAGUCCUGGAUCCUGUCCACAUGGGUUCUACAACGUCUCUUCGUGGUCACAGCUGCCCAGAACCUCCCAUGCCCGCCUCCGGCAUCACCCGCACCGGCGAGCCGUUGCCUGCCUCGGACUUCGCGAAUUUCGGCUCCGGGCCGCCUUCGCAAGGCCACUUCUGCUUAGGAUUCUUCCCGCCUCUGUUUGGCAUGACCUGCCUGGGCUUACCCAUGUCCAUUCUGGACUCCUUGCAUUUGGGAUCCAUGUUGCUGUUGCAAAGUUUCGGGUGCCUAGGCAGCUUGCUGCCCACGUAUGGCGUCGCGUGGUUGGAAUUGACUCUGCCUGUGCCGGAUUUCAUCCAUCCAGGCCCAACCUCUUCACUGCAAGGCCCCACGCGACCAGAAAGCAUGCCAUCUGCCUGGAAAGAGACCAUCCCAGGUUCCGGACCGUUCGUGCGCGGCAGCGCCACCGUUGCAUCCUCCAUGCCUGUUCGAGGCUUCAUGUGCUUGGGCUUCCUACCGCUGCCCUAUGGCAUUGGUUGCCUUGAUCCAUCCCCCUUAGUACCAGAUUUCGUGAUUUCGGGACCUCCCCUGUUGAUGAGGUCAUCCAUGCACCCGGAGCUCACCUCAUCCGCCUACGGCAUGAGUAAGCCGGGAUCCUUCUCAUCCGCCUUAGACUACGUUACAGUAGGCUUGGCUCUGUUGUUGCGGACACCCCUGCAGCCAGGAUUCUCACUCUUAGUCUAUGGCCUAGCAAGGGCAGAAUCCAUGUUGUCAGUGCUUGACUUCGUCAACUCAGGCUUCUUCAUUUCAACUCAAAGCCUCUUGCGUCCUGGCUCCCUGUUGCUUGCUUGGGGCAUGGUAUGCCUUGAUCCCAUGCUGCUUCUGCUGGACCGCACAGCUCCGGGCCCAACGCUGCCUUUAAGGCUGGGGCUCUCCUUGCCCGCUAUGGGACUGACUCGCCCAGAACUCUCGAUGUCUAUCCUGGACCCUAUGACCUUUGGCCCAGCUGCUUUGCUAAGAAGCUUCGUAUGCCUGGGCCCGGCUCUCUUCACCUACGGCAUGUUCAGGAUGGGCUUUUUCCUGUUGAUACUGGAUACCGUACACCUGGGACCAACGACGCCCCUGAGGAGCCUCUUGCACCUGGGUUCCUUGCUGCCGGCCUACGGACUGAGCCGAAUGGGCUCCUCUCCCUCUGUGCUGGACCCCGUCAGCUUGGGGUUCCCUACGUUUGUUCAAGGCCCCGUCUGCCUAGGCUCUUCCCUGCUUAUCUUUGGCUGUGCCCAGCUUGGGGAAAAGCUCUUUGUACUGGAUUUUGUGAACCUCGAAUCCCCGCCGUCCGCGCACACCUCCAUCCGUGUUGGAAAGAGUCUGCUUGUGUAUGGCCUGGCUCGGCUGGGUGCGAUGCUGCUGAUCCCUGACCUCACCCACUUGGGUUCCAUGCCUUUCUCACAAAGCCUUGCCUGCAUGGGUAGCUCCUUGCUAUCGUAUGGAAUUUCCUGCCUUGGCUUCAUAAUGCCAAUCCCGGAUCUCGUUGGAAUUGAGCCACCCCUUCCCUUGCAAGGGCCUGCUUGCCUCGGGCUACUCCCUUCAACUUGGGGAAUCUCACUCUUAGGCUUCUCUACGUCAGUCCUGGACUUCAUCAACCCUGACCUGCUGAUGCCAACCCAUAGCUCCUUGAGGCUGGGUCUUCCCUUACCUGCCUACGGCUGUGCGAUGCCUGGCUUCUUCCUUCCAGUGCCAGACCAUGCCCAUACUGAGUUCACUCCACUUCUUCAAAGCUUUGCUCACAUAGGCAGCCCACUACUUGCUUACGGCAUAUCACAACUGGAGUUGUUGCUCCUAGCACUUGAUCACGUGAAUUUUGAGCCCGUGCUGCUUUUGAGAUCAUCUCUGCGCUUGGGCUUGCUGUCACCAGCCUAUGGCUUCUCGCAGCUGGAUUCUGUUCAGCUUGGGAGCCCGAUGUUGCUGCAGUCACCCUUGCGACUGGACAGCUCAAUCUUAGCCUACGGCCUCAGCCAGCCCGAGCUGCCGCUUCUUGUGCUGGACUCCAUCCAUCCCGAGCCCAUGAUGUUUAUUCAUAGCUUCAUGUGCCUUGGCUUUGCUCUGCUGGCUUAUGGGGUGGUGAAGCUGGGCCUGUUGCUUUCAAUCCCGGACCCUUCUCACUUCGGACUCCCCACGCCUUUGCGCACGCUUCUCCGGCCGGGUAGCUUUGCGUCGGCUUACGGGCUCGCGCGCACGGGUUCUCUGUUGCUGGUGCCAGAUCUUGUGCAUUCCGACCCAGCCCUGCCGUUGCGCACUUAUCUGCAGCCAGGUUUCACGUUGCUGGCCUACGGCCUAAGUCAGCUAGGCUUUCCCCUGCCUGUGCUGGAUCCUGUCCUCAUGGGAUUCUUGCUUUUACUCAGGGGCCACUCCAGGACUGAGUCUUCCUUGCUUACUUAUGGUGUUGCCUGGCCAGGCUCGAUUCUGCUGAUGCUGGAUCCCACCCACCUUGGGAGCGCGCUGCUGUUAAGGGGGCUCAUGCGCCCGGAACCGAUGCUGCUGCUAUCCGGCAUGUCUUGUUCGGGGCCCUUCCUGCUGACAACUGACUCUGUGCACAUCGACCUCACGUUGUUCCCGCGAACAUCUUUGCGCAUCGGCUUCGCGUUGCCCGUUUACGGCCUGCAAUGCUUGGGAUUCCCUCUGCUUGCACCAGAUCUCCUGCACACGGGAUUCAGCUUGCCUCUACGAACCUCGGCUUGUCCUGACAGUUUGCUGUUGGCCUAUGGAGUUGCAAGACCUGGCUUCAGCCCUCUGGUACUGGACCUCGUUCACCUGGGCUCAUCCAUCCUCAUACGUGCCUACUCGCAGUUGGGACUGCCUCCAUCCCUGCGAAGCCCCCUACAACUGGGACUAAUCUUGCCGCUUUACGGCGUCACGCGCCUGGACUUCCUUCUGUCCAUUCUGGCCUUCAUCCACCCUGAAAGCACCAUGCUUGUGUAUGGUUUGACCAGACUGGGCCCGUUCCCUUCCACCCUGGAUUCCGGACAUUUGGGAUCCCCCGUAUCUUUGCGGACGCUUGUGCGCUUCGGCAGCUCCUGCUCCGUAUAUGGCAUCAUGCGACUGGGCCUGCUGCCUCCUGCUUUGGAUUUCCUGCAGUUGGGAUUCCUUAUGCCACUCAGAGCCCACAUGUGCACCGGAUCUGCGGCUCCCGUGUACGGAAUGGCACAGCCUGGCCUGCUGCUGCCAGCCUCAGAUUUCGUCCACUUGGGCUUCAGCCCUUUGUUGAGGACAUCCAUGUGCACAGGAUCGCUGAUGUUGGUUUAUGGCAUGUCCAGGUUGGGUAGUUUAUUGCCAGCCCUGGAUUUUGUACAUACUGACAGCCCCACACCCGUGAAGACCCUUAUGUGCCCGGGCCUCACGCUGUUAGCCUUCGGCAUGGGCCGCCUUGACCUGUUACUUCCAGUCUUGGACCUUGUGAGCUCUGAGUUCGUAUCAUCCUCGAAGGCUUCUGCAUGGACUGGGAGUGUACCAUCUGCUUAUGGCAUUGCUUGCUUAGACCUGAUGCCGUCUGUGCUGGACUGCCUGGCUCUCUCAGCCUAUGGCAUGACCUGCUCAGCAUUUCUGCUGCCUGCCCUUCUCUGCUGCGGGUCAUUUUUGUUGGCCUACGGCCUCUGCCGCCUGGGCCUAAGCCUUCCCAUCCUUGACAUGAUGGGCUUGCCACCUCCUGCCCUUGACUUUGUGCACCUGGGCUCCUCACUCUUCCCAAGAGGACUUGCUUACCUAGGCUUCUUGCCGCCGACUUAUGGUGUGACCCAUCCAGGAUCUUUGCCACCAAUCCCAGACCACAUCCACAUAGGCUCAAUGAUGCCAAUGCGCCAUCCCGCUCAUAUCGGCAGCUUUCCUUCAACUCUCGGUGCGGGCUGCGCUGAAUGCCCCCUGCUUGCCUUAGACUACGUGCACACCGAGCCCUUUAUGUCCGUGCGGAGCUCCAUGCAGCCUGAGAGUCCUUUGUUUGCAUUUGGCAUGACAUGGUCAGGAUCGUCCAUGUCAGCGCCGGACUUUGUAGUGAUGGGCUUGAUGUUGCCACUGCGCUCAUCCAUUUGUGCUGGCCCCUCGAUCUCGCUCCUUGGCGAGAUUCGCUAUGGUGGCAGGUUCUCUAUCUUGCAAUUCGCAAACUUCGGCCUCCUGCUGCCUGUGCCAGACCCUUUACAUUCAGAAUCGGUCACACCUAUGAGAAGCUUCCUGCGGUGCGGCUCCACACCCUCACUUUAUGGGAUUUCCUGGCCUGACCUCCUGUCAUUGGUCCUGGACUACAUUGGCACAGGUCCAUUACUGCCGCUUCGGAGCCUUGCGCGUUUGGGCAGCUCUGUUUCGAUCUAUGGGCUUGCGCAGCUGGGGUCUUCACCGCCUGCGUUGGACUCCGUCCAUUUGGGAUCAAGUCUGCUGCUGCAAACUUUUGCGCAAACAGGUAGCUCCUCGCCUCUUUAUGGCGUAGUCUGUUCGGGUCUGAGCUUACCUGUGCCAGACUAUGUGACCACCGGGCCGCCGCUGCUACUGCGGGCCUUAUUUCAUCUGGGUUUGCCCCUGCCGGCCUUUGGCAUGACAAGGCCUGGGCCAGCGAUGCCUUCGCCGGAUCUCGGACAAUUUAGCUUACCUUUGCCUCUGCAUGGGCUUACGCGCAUGGGUCCGACGCCCUCUACCUAUGGUCUGGCCUUUCUUGACUUUUCCUCCUUGGUUCUGGAUCUCUGCACUGUGGGCUUUUCCCUAUCUGCCCAAACCCUCCUGAGGUUGGGCUUGACGAUGUCUGCUUAUGGCCUGUCGAAACUGGGUAGCAGCUUGUCUGUGCUGGACUUUGUGUCCCUGGGCAGUUUUUUGCUUCUCCAAACCUCCAUGCGCAUAGGUCCAACCCUGCUGACCUCUGGACUUACCUGGUUAGGUUCCCUGACUUUGGCCUUGGAUUGUGCUCAGCCGGACCUGUCCUUCUUGUUGCGAACCCUCAUGUGGGUGGAAAGCUCGAUGUCGGUCUACGGCGUAUCCUGCCUGGGCCUUUCUAUUCUUGCCUUGGACUAUGUGCACUUAGGGCUGGGAUCUUUCUUGCCCAUGCCAGACUCUACUCACUUGGGCCCUGUGCCGUUUCCUCAAAGCCAUGCUCUUUUCGGCAGCACCUUGCCGGCGAUGGGCUUUUCAUUGCUGACCUCUGGCAUGACCCGGCUUGAAUCGCCUCUCUUCACAUUGGAUCUCAGCCACCCCGGGUCCACAAUGCCGUUGCGCAGCCACUGCCAUCUAGGGCUCCCGUUGCUGGUCUACGGCCUAUGCCGGCCAGACUCCCUGACUUCGGUCUUGGACUUUGUGCACGUAGGGCCUGCUUUGCCGGCUCGCAGCCAUGCGCGGCUGGGAAGCCCCCUGCCAGCCUACGGCCAUAUUCGUCUGGGAUUCACACUUCUUGCCUAUGGCAUGUCGCAGCCAGAGCUCUCACUCCCAGUGCCAGACUUCAUUCAUCCAGACAGUCCUCCGCUGCUGGCUCCGGACUCUGCGCAUUUGGACUUCCUGCUGCCCAUUCGGCUGGGCCCAUCUGCGUCUGUUUAUGGAAUCACUUGCGUUGGAUCCCCCUUGUCAGUGCUGGACUCCGUGAACUUCGGGUCCCUGCCUUCACUUCGAACCCUUUUGCAACCUGAGCCCUCCUUGUUGGCCUUCGGUCUGUGCAAGCCAGGCUUUCUUCUGCCUUUGCUGGAUCUCUGUCAGAUGGGCUUCUUAGUGCCGCCCCGUGCGCCCUUGCGGCUGGGAUCCACUCUUCUAGCCUAUGGGCUUAGUUGCAUGGGCAGCUCCCUGCUGGCCCUUGAUUCUGUACACCCUGAGCUCCCGCCGCCCCCGAGAUCCUCCCUUCAAGUGGACUUGCCGAUCCUUGCGUACGGCAUGUCUCUCACGGGUCCCAGCCUGUCUGCACUGGAUUCUAUACAUUCAGACUCGCUGCUGUCCACACAAAGCCUCACACGCUCAGGGCUGAGCCUGCCUGUCUUCGGAAUGCAUUGCUUGGGGUUCUCUCUGUUCAUUUCAGACUUGAUCCAUCCAGGCCUUUCACCAUUGCUCAGGUCCUUUGCACACAUGGGUUCCCCAAUGCUGACUUACGGCGUUAGCAGGUCGGACUCUCCGCUGCCUGUUCUGGACCUUCUCCACCCAGGGCCCCCGAUGCUGCUCAGAAGCUUUGUGUACUUUGGUUCGGCUCUGCUGGCUUAUGGUAUGUCAAGGACAUCCAUCUGCACCGGCUUUCCUGUCCUUGCCUCUGGCAUAAGCCGUCUUGGCUCCUUUUUGCUGGCUCCGGAUCUUGUCCAGGUGGGUCCCGCCCUGCUUCCUCAAAGCCUGGUUCGCUCUGGGCCUACCUCGUUUGCCUACGGCAUGUCUUGGCCUGGCUCCUUGCUGCUAGUGCCAGACCCCAUGAUGCUGGGGAGCCCGCUGCCACUGCGAAGCUACUUACAAACGGACCUCACAUCAUCCGCCUACGGCAUUGCAAGGCUGGGACUCUUGCUGCCAGUGCUGGAUUCCACCCAGCCUGACUUCCUGAUGCUAUUGAGAAGCAUGAUGCAACUCGGACCGCUUCUGCCGGCCUACGGAAUGGCCUACUUGGGCCCAAUGCUUUCUACACUUGAUCUUGUGCACAUUGGCCCAGGCAUGUUGCUGCAAAGCCUGUGUUGCCCAGGAAGUCUGGUGCCGGCCUCCGGACUAGCUUGCUUAGACUCAACUCCUUUCGCCUCAGACUUUGUGCUUAUUGGGCCCUUGCCGCCACUGCAAAGCCCCCAAUGCUUCGGCUUUUCUAUGCCAACCUAUGGGGUCUCCCGCCUUGACUUGACCUCAUCGACCCUGGACUUGGUGCAUACUUCGGUGGCACAUCCGGGCUCCACUCUUCUGGCCUCCGGAAUGACGCGGCCUGGAUUCAUGAUGUCUGUCCUGGACUUCACAACUCUUGAGCCUUCCGUGCCGCUGCAUACACACUUGCAUGCAGGAUUGGCGUUGUCCGUGUAUGGCAUCACUUGGCCUGACCUGUUGCUUCCGGUGCCUGAUUUUGUCAAUGUCGGCUCCCUGCUGUUGAUGAGGUACCUCGCAUGCCCAGGAAGCAUCCUGCCCUUGUUCGGAAUGUCCCGCCUCGGGUUCCCACUUUUAGUGCCGGACUUCGUGCAUUCUGAUCCGACCACACCUCCGCAGAAUUUCUGCUGCAUUGGAUCCACUCCCUUUGCAUCCGGUGUUGCGAGGUCAGGCAGUUUUUUGUUUGUGUUGGACUUUGUUCACACGGGGUCGCCUCUGUUCUUGAGGAGUUUCCUCCGUUUGGGGCCGCCGGCUCUGGUCUACGGACUCUCACGACUUGGUUUUCCACUGCUGGUCUUGGACUGGGUCCAUGUGGGGCCAUCUGCACCUUUACAAGCCUUCUGUUGCUCUGGCUUCCCGCCUUUGGCUUAUGGGGUGACUAGGACAGGCCUGAGCUUGUCUGUGUCGGAUUUUGUCCAAUUUGAUCUCACUCUGCCUAUCCGAGCCUCUUUGCGACUUGGCCUGAUGCUAUUAGCUUAUGGGCUGAGUCGCCUGGGCUCUUCCCUCCUAGUGCUGGACUUCCUUAGCCUGGGACCCCUGUUGCUCUUGAGGACACCCUGCUGCAUGGACCCGUUGAUGUUUGCUUAUGGCUUUACGUGGCUGGGGCCGCUGCUGCUUAUCCCAGAUUGCAGAAGCCUGCUGCCUGCGCUGGACCCUGCACUGAUGGGUCCCUCACCCCCGUUGCAAGGCCUUCUCCACGUAGGCAGUGUGCUGUUGGCUUAUGGCAUGAGCUGCUCGGGGUUUCUAUCGUUUGUGCCAGACUACGCUGCAACGGGCUCUUCGGCGCCACCGCGCGCUCUCUUCAAGGUUGGAUUUCCUUCGCCGGCUUAUGGAAUUACUUGCUCAGAGUUGCCCCUGCCUGUGCUCGACCUUUCACAGCCGGACAGCUCACCGCUGCUCCACAGUUACAUCCAGCCGGGCUCCACCCUCUCAGCCUAUGGUCUCGCGUACUCAGAGCCAUUACCUCCAGCCUCAGACUUUGCCCACGCUGACUCACUGCUGUCGCUCCGCUCCUCUGCAUGCAUCGGGCUUUCUUCGUCGGCCUUCGGCGUAUCCUGGCUGGGCUCUUUACUGCUAAUCCUUGAUCCCAUCCACACUGGCAGCUUCACUUCCUUGAGGAGCUCCACACAUCCCGAGCCUGCCUCGCUUACUUACAGCAUGUGCCGACCUGGCAGCAUUUUGCCUUUGCUAGACUUCAUCCAUCUGGGUUUUACCAUGCUACUGCAGGGCCUCCUCUGCCCGGAGCCACCACUAUCAGCUUAUGGCAUCUCCUGGCCUGGCUCUUCGCCUUUCGCCCUUGACUUCACGUCCCUGGGCUUCGCACUGCCCCCACAAAGCAAGUUCUACUUGGGCUCCCCACCCUCGAUCUUUCAGAGUGUAAGGUAUGGCUCUAUGAUGCCAAUCCUGGACGUUGCGGAGUUCGGGCCAACAAUCUCUGCACGAGACUCUGUGCGCUUGGCCUUCUUCACGUCCACAGUGGGUCCCUUGCUUGACUGGGACUUUCACUCCCUGCCCUGGACUCUGUACACUUCGACUUCAUCUCGGCUCAUCCUACCCGUCUCUGGCAUGACGAGGUCUGACCCAUCCUUGCUGGCAGUGGACUUUUUGCAUCCUGGGCCAGCCACGCUGUUGCAAGGCUUAGGCCGCAUGGGGCUGAACCUCUCACUUUUCAGCCGCGUUGCUUUAGGCCUACUGCUGCCGAUCUCGGACAUGGGGGAGCCAGACCCGCCGCUGCCUCCAAGGAGCUUUGCGCGCCCUGAACCUGCUAUGCCAAUCUUCUCUAUGGGACGCAUGGGCUCAUCGCCUCUUGUACCUGAUUGUGUUAACUUUGGUUUUGCACUGUCUCCCCAUAGCCUCGCUGAAAUGGACCCAUCUUCCUUGGUUUUGGGCCUGGCUCGCUUGAGCCCUUCCUUGCUUGCCCCGGACUGCGCACACCUGGGCUUCUCUUUGCCCUCACAAAGCUGUAGCCACUCAGAUUCCGCUGCCUUCGUCCUGGACUUCUUGCAUCUGGGCUCAGCCUCACUGUUGGAGCCACCAUUCUUUGCAUGUGGCAUUACUUGCUUGGGACCUCUGUUGCUGGCAUCGCCUGAGCCUAUGCUGCUUGUGCAAAGCUUCACUCACACGGCUUUUUUGCUUUCAGCCUUCGGAUGCGGCCGCUUUGAAAGUCCAUCGUCGGCCUUGGACCUCAUGCGCCUGGGAUCCUCGCUGUUGCCACACUCCCUUGGGCGCAGUGGCUUUCCGCUAUCCGCUUUUGGAAUGUACCGCAUGGGUCCGCCGCUGCUGGCCUCAGAUCGUGUGAACCUCGGAUCUACACUGCUACUGCGGUCCGCUGCGUGUACGGACUUGCCCUCGCUCGCCUCCUCAUGCGUGCGCUUUGGUUCCUUCUUACUGGCACCCGACAUGACGCAUCUAGGCUCAUUUCUGCCAUUGCAAUCAAUGGGACAACUUGAGGCACUGGCUUCUGCAUUCAGCUGCGCUUGGAUGGACUUCCUGCUGCUUGCCUUGGACUCUACACACCUGGGUUUCCCAGCACCCUUGCGAAGCUGCGCUCGCCUGGGAUCGGCUCUGCUAGUGACUGACCUCCUUCAUUCAGACCUUUUUCUGUUACUUCAAAGCAGCAACUGCUCGGGGUCUUCACUGUCCCUCUUUAGCAGGAUUUCAAUGGAGUCAUCAUUGCCUGUGCCCGAUUCCACGCACUUUGGCUCCACUUUGUUGCUGCAAUCAAUGGGUUCCUUUGGCUCCCUGCCAUCGGCCUUUGGCAUUAAUUGCUCUGAAUUCAGUGUGUUCGUGUCCGAUGCCACACAUCCAGACCCGAUGCUGUCUUCGCGAAGCACGGGGUGUUCUGGUCUGGCAGCCUCAGCCUUCUCAGCCUCGCGCUUUGGUUUCCCCCCCUUGGUCCUCGACUGCAGCUGGUCCGGGUCAACUUCGCUGCUUCACAGCUUUGCCCAACCGGGCUUGGCCAUCCCUCUCUUCGGACUUGUGCGGUUGGGCGACAAGGCCUCGAUGUGCGAUAUGGUGCGGACUUCCACCAUCGGUGCUGGAUUUUUUGACAUUGGGCUCCCCUUUGCCCAUGCGAAGCUUCUCUUGGCUGGGUCAUCUGCGCGUAUGGGGCUUGCCAUUUCUGUCUCCGGGAUUUCACGGCUUGGCCCCAUGCCGCCUGUGCUGGAUGCAGCCCUGGCUGGCUCCGUGCUAUCACCUCGAAGCUCCUCAUGCUUGGGCUUCACGGUAUCCCUGCCAGACACGGCCAGCUGUGGAUCGACGCUCUCUCCACGCAGCCCUUCGCGCUUGAGCUUCUCGGCGCCAGCCCUUGACUUCCUUCACCUAAGUUUGUUGGUGCCGAUGCGAAGCAUGGUUUGUUGUGGCUUGUCCCCCUCAGCAUUUGGCAAGACGUGGCUCGGAGCUUCCACAUCAAUUCCGGAUCUCCUACGCCUUGGCCCCUCUUCGCCUGCUCGCAGCAUGGUCCACAUGGGCCCAUCGCUCCUUGCCUUCGGCAUGACCAAGUUCGGGCCAACCCUUUUGGCCUUGGACUUCCUUCACCCAGGCCUCACGGCCUCCUUGCAAAGCUGUUCUUGUUUUGAAAGCCCUUUGCUUUUGUCCGGGAUGUCUAGACCGGGGCCGAGCUCAUUGGUGUCUGACUGCAGUCACCUGGGAUCCACCACGUUGCUCAGGAGCCGUGGCUGUUUGGGCUCCCAGUUAUCAGUGUCUGGCAAACUCCGGCCAGGGCCAACACUUCCAGUGCCGGACUUUACAGCGCCAGGCCCCACGUCGUCACUGCGAAGCUUGGCCUAA